UCCCUUUAAUUCCAACAGGAAGACGAAUAUCAGUGGGUGUGUCUGUCCCUUCUUAUAUACUGUCUAUGGUCUGUCCAGUGUGUUGACAGAUUCGAGAAACGAAGGUAGCCUCGUGUAACAUGACGUCUCCAGAGAUCGCCUCUCUUUCCUGGGGCCACAUGACCGUGAAGGGGUGCUCCUCCAGCUACAAGGACUGUAAGGUCUGGCCUGGAGGCAGCCGGGCCUGGGACUGGAGAGAGACUGGGACCAACCAUUCCCCGGGAGUCCAACCUGCAGAUCUGGAGGAGGUGCUGAAGAAGGGAAUAGACUUGCUGGUCAUCGGCAGAGGCAUGAGCGAAGCUCUGCAGGUUCCCUCCUCCACUCUGGACUUUGUGAUGCAGAAAGGCGUCGACGUCAGAGUCUUGCAGACGGAGAAGGCCGUCGCUGAAUACAACAAACUGGCUGGCCAGGGCGCCAAGGUGGGGGGGGUCUUCCACUCCACCUGUUGAUUAGGUCACGUUUGCACCGCUGCACCGACGGAGAUGACCCGCACAGGAUAUAGUGUAGUGCCGCUAUCUGUGCAAUUAUGCGAGGGAACCGUCGCUGCGUCUGGGCUUAGCGCCGCCAGAGACAAUUGUGAUUUGUUUAAAAGGAAUAAAAAACAACCCACAGCGUUUUUUUUCCCCACUAAACGGGAAUGUUAACUUGUGCAACCAGACGCUCUGGCAAUACGAGACUAGGGUAAGAUUUAAUCACCUUAAUGUCCAGUUUAUUGUUGUAUAAUUUCAAAUGGUACUUUUAGGUUAAAUUGGAGAACAUUUCAUUUUAGCGGGCAAUUCUGUGAAUGUUGCUGCUACUGCCAUCGCCACUUUUCAACUGUCAGGUAAAAGAGUGAUCAUAUGGUGGUGGUGGUGGUGUAGUUGGUAAAAGCUAAUGAAUGUAUAGUUCAGUACGUGUGUUUUUUGCUCGUUUGCUACGUUAAAUAAAACUAGAAAAAUGAAUAAUCUCAA